ACAAUUAAACAUAUAUAUUAAUUCUCUAUUUAACUCUUAAAUUUAUUUUAGAUACCUACUGUUAAUUGUAAUACGAAUUAUUUUAAAACCUUUAUGUCAACUAAAAUGAAUAUACAAGUUGUAGGGUGUAUAUUAUCUAAUUCUUUUCACAUAACUAAGUAUUUACUACUUUUAUUAAAUUUUAGAAUUUGGUGAAAUAUCGACAUGAUCUGAUUAAUAGAUAUGUUAUUAAAGGUGUUAUGGAUAUUGAAUGGACGAGAUGUUUAUGGAAAAUAAAUCAAAUUCUUGGUGGUGUGAAAAGACAAGAUACUGUAGCUAUAUUCAUCAAUGAAAACUAUAUAGGCACUUAUGUAGAAUUUCAAAAUUAUUUAAGCUUCAAAUAUAAUAUUACUAUGAGUUUAUGGUCUCUGAAUUAUAAACAACUUAUACUAAAUGAUGUUCAAUAUUAUUAUAACAAUAAGUCGACAUUCGUACGUAUGGUUUUUGAAGUUAAUAAUUGGGAAAUUGGUCACGUUGUUUUUGCUUUGUUUGAUAAACUAGUUCCAAAAACAUGUAAAUAUUUCAAACAAUUGUGUAAUGAUAAAAUUGAAGGAUACUUAAAUAGUUCUGUUCACAGAAUUGAUAUAAAUAAUGGUUUCAUUCAAGCUGGGCGAAUCUUAAAUCAAAUGGCGUAUUUAAAAAAAGAAAACUUCUUAGUCAGUCAUGAUAGAAGAGGAGUGUUGUCAUUAGCUAGUAGACAAACAUAUUUCAAUGGGCCGGAAUUUAUUAUUAGUUUUCAACCAAAUCCUUGGAUGAAUAAUAAAUAUGUAGCAUUUGGACAUGCCGUUGAGGGUGAAAAAACCUUAAAAACAAUUGAGAAAUUGUCGAACACACAUGAAAUUAUAAACCAACAAAUACGUAUCACGUCGUGUGACGUACUACUAAACUGCAGUACUCGUUCAGUCGUUGAAACAAAAUUAGACAAAUUUUUAUAUUCUAUUGUUGACAAAAUUAUAUUCAAAGCUAUGUAUAUAAAGGCAUACGGCAAACCCAAACCUCUUCAUAAACCUAUCAUCACAAAUCUUCAGUAUAUAGAAUCGAUUGUCCAGACCAUAACAAACAAUGUUAUGGAUAAAAUUAAAGAUUUUGCACCAUCUCAAGAAAAUAAACCAUUUAUGAAUUAUUCAAAACACUUAAGACUACCUGGUUCUAUAUCUAUUCCAAGCGCGCCACCUAUCUGCAAGGAUGAAACAAAGAAAAAACAUUCACUCAUUAAGUUGAUGCCAUAUGCCAUUAGUUUUAAUGGAACUACAAGUAAAAUACACAAAAUUAAUAAAAAAAUAUUGACAAUCAAAUCGAAACAGUCAAAAAACAUAGGCGCUAGCAGUAAAAUAGAAAUUGACAAAAAAGUCAAGUAUGGUAUACAUUUACCAACAGAUCAUAAGGACUAUUGGAAAUAUAAAAAAAUUUAUGAUGGUAUUGCUAAUUGAUAAAUCAUAAGUAAAUAAGUCAUAAUCCAUCAA